CCUUCAGCUUGUGAAUGGUGACAAUUUUAUAUCAUGUGAUGAACAGGCCAUAUCUUCCUCUAUAGGGGGCAGAAGAUCUUGGAGAAAAGCAUUUAUUUGGUCUUAACGGUCUACAGAGCUGACAAGAUAGUAGUCUGUUCCACUGGCUUAAUACACCGAAGAGGAGGAAAAGAUCUGAAAUACCUGAACAGAUCCUCCCAAGUGACUGAUCUAUGAAAUGGCAGAAAAUGGAACAGAUUGUGAUCAGAGACGCAUAGGAAUGAUCAAAGAACAGCAGAAUGGGAAUUUCACAGACCCCUCUUUGCUGAGUGAACAGAAGCUAAGGGACCGAGAAGAGAGGCAAAAUAUUGUGCUCUGGAGACAACCACUCAUUACCUUGCAGUAUUUUUUCUUGGAAACCCUAAUAAACUUGAAGGAAUGGACCAUAAAAUUGUGGCAUCGCCGAAGUAUCGUGAUGUCUUUUUUGCUGCUGCUUGCAGUGCUUACAGCUGCGUAUUAUAUUGAAGGAACACAUCAACAGUAUGUGCAGUAUACGGAGAAAAAAUUCUUGUGGUGUGCCUACUGGGUAGGCUUAGGCAUUCUGUCCUCUGUUGGGCUUGGAACAGGUCUUCAUACCUUUCUACUCUAUUUGGGUCCACACAUAGCAUCAGUUACACUUGCUGCUUAUGAAUGUAACUCGGUUAAUUUUCCUGAACCACCAUACCCUGAUCAGAUUAUCUGCCCUGAUGAGGAGGGGAUUGAAGGAUCCAUCUCUUUAUGGACCAUAAUCUCAAAAGUCAGGCUAGAGGCCUGCAUGUGGGGCGCUGGCACAGCUAUUGGAGAGCUGCCUCCUUACUUCAUGGCCAGAGCAGCCCGACUCUCUGGUGCUGAACCUGAUGAUGAAGAGUAUCAGGAAUUUGAGGAGAUGCUGGAACAUGCAGAGGCUGCACAAGACUUUGCCUCCCGAGCGAAACUGGCUGUCCAGAACCUGGUGCAGAAGGUUGGAUUCUUUGGCAUUUUGGCCUGUGCUUCAAUUCCGAAUCCUCUGUUUGACCUGGCAGGGAUAACAUGUGGGCACUUUCUCGUUCCCUUUUGGACCUUCUUUGGUGCCACCCUAAUUGGGAAAGCAAUAAUUAAAAUGCACAUCCAGAAACUGUUCGUUAUUAUAACAUUCAGCAAACAUAUAGUGGAGCAGAUGGUGUCCCUAAUUGGACCACAGGCUUUAUCCUUAACUAUGGAAGCUGAGAAAUCUGAACAGGAUGGUAGCUUGGAGUGUGUGGGAGAGUGCUUGAAGUCAUCUUACUGUUCAGGGAAUAUCUUUCUCCUUCCUUUAUUCAACUAAUUGUGCAAUGGUAUAUGUGGUUUUAACCACUAAAGAUUAAGAAAAAUUUCACUCUAAUAUUGGAAAUGUACUUGUAUAAAUCUACUACUUUCUAAAUUUCACUGUAGCAAAAAUGUAUAAAAUGCACAUUGCUUUGGCAAUUGUGCGUAUAAGUAUGUCUUAAGAUACAGUCAGUUGUUUAGUAAUGCAGAACCUAGUUUAGCGUUCCUGUGGUUCUUGUAUGUAUGGCCCAAAGGCCCAUAAAAUAGCUUAAUGAAUUUCUGUCAUAAAGCGAACUUCAGUCAUCAUUUGCCAUUAUAAAAAACUGUGUAAAAUGCUUUAAAUGAAAUAAAUGUUUAAAAUGUGCUCUUGAUGUAAAAGAAGGAAAUGCACUAAUCUGAACUCUGUGAAUAUCUUAAAUUUCAUGACACUGUUGUGGUGAUAGCCAUUAUAAUUUGGAGACCAAGUAGAUGAUUUUUUUUUUUUAAACAAAGGGCUGGGACAACUGCUUCAGUUCUUACUUUUUAAAUCAGAAGUGUUUAAAUAUGUAAAGUUUUAAAAGUAAAAUAUUAUCCUUCAGUAGCUUUUUCCUUUAUCUCAUGUGUAUGUGUCAUUUAUUUAAAAAAAUAAAAUUACACAAGAGUUUUAGAACAGUGACUCGUACUGAGCAACGACUCAUUCGGGAGAACUUCUGCCGCAAACUAACAGCUCCGCCUUUAUGGGAGUUUUCAGAAGUACUCUAAAUAGUUCCUAAAAGUUGCUAUAACCUUAUGUGAAAUACAUGGAGGUACGUAUACAGUCACCUUGCUAAAUUUUUAGGAAAAUUUACCAGUCCCAAAAUGUAUGGUGAUGAGGAAUCAGUGAAGAUUUUUUUUUUUUAAACUUGGCAUUCAGUAAAAAAUUUUGCCUCUAACUGGUGGAGCAAAUCUUAUGAGCAAGUCUGAUAGUGAGUUAUUUGUACAUCUCUGAUUCUGUGGAUUUAAUAUAUUUGGAAUAUUAGAAAGCCACUAUGUUCCUUUUUAAGCUAUACUAUAUUUACCCAGGCAAAUAUAAUCUGUCUAGUGAAAAGCAGUGAAUAAUAAAUUCAGUAUAAUAAAUAAUUAAAAUAUAAUCUGGGAAGUGCUUUUUUCCUUUUAUUUUAAAAGCAUAUUAAGUGAUUUUGAAAAUCAGAUAAGGAAUGUCUGCAUUGGGGAAAUUUUUAUGAAAUUCAUGACAAAUCCAUGACAAUUAUGAAUUCAUGCUUUGACAGAAAUUCAUAAAAUCGCACUGGUGUUUCUUUGCGAUUCUUAGUGUCGAGAAGGGUCCAGUCAUAGGAAGUUUGUCACCACUGAUGGGAAGUUGCUAUAGUGUACACUGUGCACAAAGACUUAAAAUCUCUCAUGGGUAAUUCUAAAACACCCAGAACCAUGUAUUAGUAGCAGAUAGGUCCCUAUGGGAGGAGAGGAUACAGCUUCUGACUUAGGUGACUGUUGGCUGGAAUGAUGUGCAAUGGUUAGAACUGUGGUGUCCAGCCAGUUCUGAAGCAGUAUUCACUGCAGUGGCUACUGCUAUAGUGAAGUAGCCCCACACAACCAGCCAUAUAGCCCUAUGUGGCUUGCAUGUUGCACACAACAGGGUUAGAUAGUGGAUAGACAAAACGAUACUGAUUCAUUUGAGUAGCCUCAGGUUACAAUUUUAAAAAAUGCCCUGGCAUCUGCAGAAUGGCAUUUGGUAGCUACUUUGCUAAGCCUGUCCAACAUAGUAUUUCCAGCCCUUUAUAGAAGGGAGAAGGCAAAUGAGUACAUGAACUUAUCAGUGAGCCCUAUUACAGUCAUCUGAGAACAAGGUGUUUAGUAACAUACUGUAGUUGCAGUCAUCUGCCAUAAAACAUGGAGUGAAUCAGAACAAGGUUCAUAGUUCCUUCUUUGUUCCUUUGUUAAUCACUGACUAGUGGGAGGCGCCUUUAGAAUUUGCUAAUGCAUUCUUUUUGGAUAAGGAUGACGCACAGAUUGUCCUAAUAAGGACUUAGUUUGAGAAAGGAGCCGCCUUCUUUGAGAAGAUGGGGGCAAGUCACAGGGCAGGCAGUUUCUUUUUUAACUGAGGGAUGACACAAGCACAAGUCAUUUCCUUAUUAAUCGGUUCAAACCAGUUCUUACAGGAACUGCUGGUGAUAAAUGUGGGACUUCUGAGAAGUCAUUCAUUUUAUUCUCAGCCGUGCAUCAGUGCACAGUCUUAGCUGAGCUUCUCCCCUGACUUUGAGGAAGUGCUGGAGCAUAGAGCUCUCUGUGUGGCCUCUGAAUUUAGCAUCAAUGUGCUGUGAAAUCCUUUUUCUUUUUUAAAUUUUUGAAAAUCUGGAGGACCCACAUGUCCCUCUUCUUCAGCUGAACUGAAAACACACACUGUAUUAUAUGGGUCUCCCAGUUAUCCCACGUGGGGUGAUGGCUUCUGAUCUCUGGCUCUAAUCUAAACUUCGUUCCUUUUGAGCCAAAGGUGGUAAGUUUAAAAAUAAAUAAAUUAUUUUCUUGUGUUUUUUUUUUUCCUCUGCAAAUUUUGUCUUGUUCUUGGGGAUGAAAUUUG